ACUCAUCGCCGCACCCAAAGAUGGGCUGACAAACAGUACAAAAAGGCUCAUCUUGGUACUCGGUGGAAGGCCAAUCCUUUCGGUGGGGCUUCUCACGCUAAAGGCAUUGUUGUCGACAAGAUUGGCGUUGAGGCUAAGCAGCCGAACUCCGCCAUUCGCAAAUGCGUUCGUGUUCAGCUCUUGAAAAAUGGCAAGAAGAUUACGGCAUUUGUUCCGAAUGACGGUUGCCUGAGCUUCAUUGAUGAAAACGACGAAGUUUUGGUCGCUGGAUUUGGUCGUAAAGGUCACGCUGUCGGUGACAUUCCUGGUGUUCGUUUCAAGGUUGUAAAGGUUGCCAAUGUUUCUUUAUUGGCAUUGUACAAGCACAAGAAAGAGAAGCCAAGGUCGUAA